AUGGACCACCCACCCCCAGCUGCCCCUCAACGCACAUCGGACCUGCUGACCAUACCCGACCAGAUCCCUGCAGAUUGGCCGGCCGCCUUCCAGUCGGCGCGAAUCAAGUACAUCAUCCCGGCCGAUCAGGCCGCCGUCCUGCCCGGAUCGGCCGACCCACUUCCCCCCGACCACCCAGACCUCUUGGCUUGGUUGGACAAACUGAUCAAAACGCCCACUCGACCGUCCGUUUAUCUGGGUGAAUCGUUGACGGUCCACAUCCUCUUGAGUCUCACCGAACCUGCGAAGGUCGAAUCCAAAGAACACCAUCACAUUCAAAGCCAUCUUCUAGCCAACCUAUCGAUCCAUGUCCAAGGCAGCUUAUUACCGGCAAGUCCCACCGCCUUCCCUUCGGCUCGAUCGGAGAGGUAUGAUUCAGCGGACCCAUCGCCGAUACAGAAUCGUGGCAAGCAAUCCAAUUCGCUCGAUCAUCCUCAGCCCUCUAUCCGUGUUCCUCACUCCCCCGCCUCAAGCCAAUUCGAGGCCCAUCAGUUAUCCAAUUCCUCCCAGCUUUUCACUGCCAGCUUCUCGCAUCCCAAGCGAGAGUCUCACAACGAAUCCGAUCCGCAAGACUCAAACCAUUCUCAAACACUGAAGCCUUCGAAUAGCGGCUCUCAUGUCACAAUACAGGUGGCCAAGCUGGCAAAUCAAUGGUUGGUUGUUUGGAAGGUUGAUUGUGAAAUUGGAAAUAAACAGAAUUCGACCCAGCCUGGCUCCCUCGCACUAUCAACAGUCAUAACCUAUCAUGCGACCCAAUCUCCCAUACUCGACCCGCCUGGAGCCUCGAUUCUAUCCAUUCCCCUCUUGUCAGACUCGCCACCGAAUUUCAAUCCACAGCCACCUUCUUCCCGAGUUGCUCAUUCCGGCUUCGAGAACGCGAUCGAAAUCGAUUUGUUCGAUGGAAUGGGACGAGAUGUUGCUGUCUCUCUUACCCGCCCAUUAAUAGCUCCCGGCAGCUCAGCAUCAGUUUACCAGAACGAAUCCAGCCACAAGACGGUCCAAUCAAACCGGCAAGGGCCACCUACUCGAUUUUCACACUCACAUGUGAAUUCCAAGAUCUCAAAUCCCAGUCGAUCCGAAGACUAUUUACCCUCGCUUCCGGAAGAGCGCCGUCAGAGCGCACCGGCUGUUUCAGUACCUAUAGUCAGGAGAGCUUUUAGCAGUGCUCAUCACAAAGAACCUACUCCGAUCCGUCUCACCCACCAGGAAAUCGAGCCAAGAGUCUCGGACUUGCUAUAUCUUGAAAAGCAUCUGUCGUCAGCCAUUCCAAUAGUCGACCCCCUCAUCCUCAGGGUUGACACCAUCGCUCCCCAACAUCGGUUGAAACCUCAAGAGCUGACGAAUGAGCAACUAAACCAUCCUGAGAUCGAAUUCAUCGAAAUGGAAAAGCCUUUUAAUCCAAUGCUGAUGCUGGAACUCUGUUAUUCGCGAGACUCACUGAGUACUGCACCCGAUGAUGAUUUCUUGAUUGACAGUCUCGAUAUCAAACUUGAACAAGAGGGAUUGCUGCCUGAGUUUGAUAAUUUUGUCGGCAGAACCAUUAAGAUCGUACCCAUCCAUCCAACCCAACCACCAGCUGAUAAUCUUCCAUAUCGAAUAUCACAGAACGAAGUUCAUAGCUUGAUUUAUGCUGUCCAAAUCGAACCGGCCGACUUGCCGCCUGAGCAAGGCCAGCACCGCGAUUCAUCUUCUUUGCAGUAUGGCUGUCCGCCCAUCUAUAUAAGCUUACCUCCGUCCACUUUGAUUUCGAACGUGAGCUCUGCAUUUAAACAUCGAAAAAGUGGGAUCCCGAUCGUUCAGGAAGGACAUCAUGUAUCUGAAGAUGAAAAUAUGCUGAGCUCCGCAGCCCUUGGCCGAGCCGAUAAUUACAUACAGGGCAAUGGAUCGACGACCUGGGCUACUGGAAGGCCUCAAAAAUCAAUCAGAGUUUCUCCGCUCGGGAAAGCUCACGAUUCUGGUCUGGGAGAUCCAUCUGUGUCCGAAGCUAGGCACUUGUCUCUACUCAAGAAGCCGGCUGCGGGGGUUUAUUCGCUCUCAAUUGCAAUCCGGGGGAAAAUGGUGUCACAUGAUUCAAAGAUCGAAUCGACUGGGCCGAUCGGCGCCACGUGGACCAGUCUGCUCAGCUCACUCGACUUGUCCGAGCCAACAACUCUCGAUCUUCGGAGACAGGCGACCAAAGAAAGUCUAGGGAUAGCAUCAAUUCCUUGGCCCGGGGAUGAACACGCUGAAAGAUUUGCUAGUCGAAGCCCCGUUCGUGAUCUCAUGCUGCCCGGAAGAUGCGAUGACGAUCAUUAUAAUAGUUCAGUAUUACCUCGUGGCGGGUUGGUUGCAGGUAGUAAGCGACAUACAGCCUCCAACCUGAUCAAUGCCCUCCAGGAACUAUCCACUUUCCAAAAGAGAAGUUCGACCGGAGGAGUAACGCUAACGUUGGAGCGAUCCCGAAUGCAUAAGAAACAGCUAUCACCACUUGCUAUUGGACAUGACACGACACUCGUCCAUCAGAAAGCCCAUGGCGACGACCUAUCUCUUCCCGACUCUCCGCCGUCCAGUGUACCUAACACCGGCCGACGAUUUCUUCCAAACAAUCGACAGAGAACUCCUACUCUAACCACCAAUCAUCCGUCGCCCCAAGUCCCCGAACGCGCGCAUCAACCUGCUGAAGGGGACCCUGGGGACUAUCCUGGAAGUUCGAAAGCCAACAGACCUCAUGUUGCUCGAGGAGCAAGGCUCAACACGCCGGGCCUGAUUGGCUCUUCCUUUGGGCACCCGGUCCCGACUGGUGGGGUCGGCGGUGCUUUCGAAAGAGGGAGGGGCAGCGGCAGAGGCGAGAUGAUGAUCAAGGUGAACUGCUCGAGUCCGACGGGCGGGGCCGGGACGAAUAGGUUCAAGGUCUUGCAAGAGUUUUCCGUAGAGAUCCUCGUCUUUAAUCGCUCCUCUUCGGCGUCGACCGAGGGCCCAUUUAAAGUCAAGAUCCUUACGAAUACUGAUUAUCUUCGAAAUGGGAGCCCUCACGAGCCUCGUCGGACUCAUCCUUCUGCUCCCCUGCAUUCUCUCCAUCCUGUUGAUGACGAUUGUGGUCAUGAAAUUGCUGCGGGUGUUGUUUCUUUAGACGAGGCCAUUCAAAUUGGACCGUUAGGCGGCGGAGAAUGUCAAGCGGUGAAGAUCAGAUUGAUCGGCCUGAAGCCGGGUAUCUUUCAACUGCAAGGAAUCCACUUCGCAUCGAUCCCCAAAAAUCCUCACCAACAUCAGCAGCAGCAGCAGCAGCAGAUGCAGAUGCCGCAAAUCUCUCAGUUUGUCUUGGUAGAACCCCUCGUCGUUUUGAUAGAAUGA